CCCCAGGGGUGCAAUUUAUUAAAAUAGGUUCUUACGCGCGUAACAAUAUUUAAUGUUGGCUUUGAUUUCAAUCUAUGUCUUGUUUGUUUAAACAUUUAAACUCGUCAUUGCAAAUUUAGAAUCUUCUCUAUUCUGUGUAUAGGAAGUAGUUCAAUCACAUAUUCAACAUUGAUUCAAUCAAAAUGGUUAACGUUUUUUUUCAAAUGCCUAAAUAAUAUACAUUAUUUCUUCUUUCUUUUGUUGUCUUAAAACAGUGUUUGAAGUUUCACAGUUCAAAAAUUAUGAACGUUAAAAUUCUUUUAUUUUUUUUCGUUGCAAUAGUCUUCUUCAAAAGGCACACGUGCAAAUAUUUUUCAAAGUCAAGAGAAGAUGUUGAAACCGAGAUAGUAAUGGAAAUUUCAUCUUGUACCAGCUUAUUGACAUGUGCUCAGAAGUGUCAUUUUAAGGAUUUGGAUUUUGUUUAUAAAGAUGGCAGAUGUUAUUGCGUUGUUGUUGGUAAAAAAAGGAACGAAGAUAACGUGACAGAAGUUUUCGCUGCGGUAAAAGAUCCCCAAUGUCCACAUGGUUACUACGGAAAUAGAUGUCAAAUAGCUCUGAUAAAUCUAUCGCGUGGAAAGCCGGCGCAGCAGUCAACCACUCACGCCCACUCAGUUAAUCCAGUGGCAUCACUUGCAGUGGACGGGAAUACAAAUGGUAACUUCAUAAAAGGAACAUGUUUUCACACGUUAAGUGAGACUGCUCCCUGGUGGCAAGUGGAUCUCCUCCACAAUGCUGUUAUAACAAACAUUAAACUACACCCUCGCACUGACUGUUGUUAUGAAAACACUAAGAAUCUCGAAUUGCUCGUAAAACUAGCUGGUCAGGAAAAGUGGAAUUUCUGCGGUUAUAUCACCAAAAUGGAUCCUAUACCGUUGGAUAAAAAAUGCGAACGACCGGUAUUUGGACGUGUUGUCCGAAUUGUGCAGAACAAUCCAAAACCCUUUUAUUUGUGUGAAGUCGAAGUAUAUGGGUAUUUAUAGAUAUUUAGAUAAUAAAACUACAUACCUGGACUAUUUCUUCCUCGGAUUAAUAUUCGUGGAAAUUGCAACUUUGUAUUCUUU